AUGCACACCCUCACUUUAGUCCGCCGAUGCCCCACCGGGUGGCAAGCCAGCGGCUCCUUGAUUAGGGCACUGACAUCCUCUCGAAACCGUCUUCUCUUCACGGACGACCUCGCUACUCGGCCGGGAGGGGAGGAGCACGGAGGACCUCCGCCGUCGACUAGGGUCGGCGGCGCGUCAAUGGUUCCCAAGUCACCGGUGACAUCUUCAAGCACGGCCUGGAGCACGUAUCGGGGUGCUUGGCUCUCUUCGCUUGCCGGCCCGAACAACGAUUACGUUGCUGGCGAUGUUGCAGUCAUGGUCAGCGGCGAGAGGGGCGGCGGAAUAGGCGGCAAGGGCAACACGUUAGCCCCGUUCCCCGUGGGCUUCAGCAGCAGGAGCAGCAGCAGCAGCAGCAGCAGCAGCAGCAGCAGCAGCAGCAGCAGCAGCAGCCUCGAUUUCACCGUUGUAAAGGACGGGACGGAGAAGUUCCUCGUCGCGGCACGCGUGCUGGAGGCGAACCAGGCGAUCUUCGCUCGAGUGGAGGGCUUGGUCACGGGCGUGAGCACGCGGCACAGCGUGCAGGUCAGCAAAGAGCGACACCUGGAGGCCAGGUGUGACCUCAUGUUCCUGAAUCAUUCCUGCGAGCCCAACUGUCAGCUGGAGGUGGUGGACGCGGCGGACCACUGGGUUGGAUGGAAGUCAUGGGCAAAUCCAAACCCUAUUGGGAUCAGAAAAGGGGUUAUUGAAAUCCUAAAGUGCUCGACCCUCGAAAAGUACUGCAGCAAUAACCGCCGCGCGCAUGCAAUGAACACCUUCUGCAAUCCGCAGGAACAACCGUACCUGCGUGUGACGGUCAGGGCGCCCCGAAUCCGGCCGAACGAAUUGCUGACGAUCGACUAUAAUGCCAUGGAGAUCGACAUGUCGUGUCCCUUCGACUGCCAAUGCGGCGCGGUCAGAUGCAGAGGCUGGGUGUCCGGCUUUUCAAACCUGUCUCGGGCCGAGCAGAAGGAGUACAUUGACGGGGGUGCGACGAAGUCCCCGCCCCUUACCGGCGCGGUGAAAACUUGGGCUCAGGAAAACGACAUCGUAUAAAGAGACUUGCAACGCUAUGUGGAAACAACGCGGACGAUGAACAACCGGGCGUGCGGGCGGCGGGACGCGUGGGGUCGGGGGUGAGCAAUGGCGGCGGCGGCGGCGGCUAAAGCUUGAACGUCGGCACCUCAUUGAGCGUCGAUCGAAGGGCCCUAUCUAUCCUUCCCUCUCUCCCUCCUCUUCCCUAGUGUCAUGAAACCACGAAGAACGAAAAAUCGCAAAUACGAGUAGAGUCUAGACUACUGUAGACCGGUAGUUGUUUUGGCCAUCUGCGCGUAUUCUUUGUGUUUGCCUUCGUUUACUCUGCGUGGGACGUGUCCGCCCCUUAACAGAUUUCCCCCGACAACCUUUCUUGUCUCGUUCGUUGUAUUUACGGGAAUCGGGAAAAACGUUCGUAUGUCCUGGCCUCAACCUGCAGCUUGCACUGGUGAUAUCUACGAACAGGCAUGUUCGUGUGGCAGCCAUCUCUCUUGACUUGUCGUACAUGUAAACGUGGGAGACUACGGACGACGACUGCCGUUUUAUCCCUAAAUGCCUGACAAAUGACCAAACCAUAGUCUAAGCACGAAGCGCAACGUGACCAAUGCAGGCUGAAAAGAUUGUAUGCCUUUCACGUGCUGAUACAUGCGCGGGCUAUUGGUCGCUGUUGUUUUUUGGGGUGGGGCGGGGCUGGUCAGUCGCGUGUUUAUAUUUUCGUGUUUGAUGGGCGUGAACGUGAGGGUGGGGGUAGGGAAGAGGCUGCCGUCUUGGUUUACUCUGCUGUAUUUGGGAGGAGAACGUGGAAAUUCUAGAAUGCCGGUCUAGUUGGUAUCCUCGAAUACCUUCUGGUGGUCAAGAUCAGGGUCCGAACAUCGGCGGCUGCGAGCCUUUCUGGGAGGGGGGUAGGGGUCGGGGUAAGGGGGAGAAGACGAGAAGGACGGGGAGAGGAGGAGGAGGAGGAGACUAACAAGGAGAGAAGGAACAACAGGGGCUGGAUGUACGUUCGACGCGGCUAAACUCACGCCGAAAACGGCAUUCGUGUGUUGGUUGGUGUUGGAAGUUGUGCGUUCGAGAAUGAAUGUCGGAAAGUCAUGGGCGAAGCGGUAGGCGAUUGGAACACUCCCAGCUUACUUGCGAGCUCCUACAUACAUGACGUACGUAUAGUCUACCGCAGGUUCCGGCAAGGCGUGAUGCCACUCCGGGCUUUGAGAGUCACUGAAACUUGAUUCGACGAUGUCAUGUGGCUUCUCCAAUAACAACACUUUAGCGC